UAUCGAAACCACGUGCCCGACACCUGCUAGAGGAACGGCUCGUCUCGUCAGAAGCCCCUUCAAAAGGCAACCGAAAUGCUGACUCGUUCUUGAACCCGUUUUGACCAAACUCGGAUUAAAUUAACCACAUUUAUAUAUGGAUUCCACCGGAGCCACGAGCUUACUUCUGAACCUCCUGCAGAUAUCGGACAGCGCAUUUCCGACGGGAAGUUUCGCGCACAGCGGCGGAUUUGAGGUGGCGGGCCAGAGGGGUUUUAUCGACAGUGCCGAUAAAGUGGAACAGUUUCUCGUCGCGAGCUUGGAAAACGUAGGCUCCUUUAUGACUCCCUUCAUGAGGGAGGCACAUCAGCAGUGGACCAACCCCGAGGUCAUUCGGUCCUUGGACUGCAAGCUCAGCGCUUCGCUCACAAACCACGUUGCCAGCAGAGCCAGCAUCCAGCAGGGGAGGUCUCUGAUCCAGACAGCAUGUGCCACCUAUGCCGCCCCACAGCUUGUGAGCCUCCAGGAUCAAAUUUAUGAUGAAAAGCUGAACGGUCAUCAGAUGACUGUGUCGUCUACAAGGAAACAACCAAUGAUUCUGAUAUUCAUUCCCUUCAGUCAGACCUUCACAGCAUUUCACGGUGGCUGUGAUGUACGGCGUUCUGUGUGGCUUCCUGGGCAUACCGGAGACCCAAGCCGCCAUCUCCUUUCUUUUCGGAACUCUUCGGACGAUGGUCGCCAGUGCAGUGCGGCUGGGCAUGACCGGAACACUCGAGGGACAACGAAUCCAGUACAAACUGCAAGCACGGAUCCCAGACAUUGUGGAAAGGAACAGGGAGAGGACGCCCUGCACUGCUUGUAACACCUUUCCGUUGGUCGACCUGAUGCAGAACUCCCACGACCUCCUCUUCUCUCGAAUGUUCUACUCCUGACACAAAGCAAAACAUUUUAAGGAGGAAACCAAAAAAAUGCUGCACCGAGGCUAUGUGGUAGGAGCAUUUAUUCGCCACAAAAAUUGUAUGCACAGAGCUUGUCUAGGCCCUCACUCAAAGCCAGCUUUGAUGUCGCAAGAGCCACCAACGGCAAGCACUCUAAACAUGCAUAGGGAACUUGCAACGGCGACGCAGAUGCCAGAUCAACUGUGUACCAGUAUAGUUACGCUCGACAAAAGGAUGCGCAACUUUUGAGGCAAACGAAAUCUUUAAAUGCCGAACAACACCAUAAAAUUUGCAAGUUUAAGGAGGUUGACAACCUAACAAUAGGUAGUUUCAAACUCCUUGCAUUCACUUUCUUACAGAGCACAUGAAAGUCGUGUAAUCGUUGCAGUUUACGGAAAAAGUUUGGCGAAUUACAAGAAUGUCACAAUAUUGGAUUCCUAAAGAAACAUUGACAAUCACAUAUUCGGAACCCAGUGCAAAUUGCAUUUCUAAGCUCCUUAACCAUGACACUUAUCAUAUGCUGAUCUUCCGUAGAUUGCUGCGACAAGCUAUCAGUAUGCUUUGCAAGAAAAUAAAUGUGGGCAGUCGUAUUUUGCCACCUACCUCGGAAAAUUAAAACGUUUGUGGUGUCA